AUGUAUCAACCACAAUACGGCGUGCCCCAGCAAGGCAUGCAACAAGUUCCCUAUGGCAUGCCCGGCAUUCAAGCUGCCGCAAUGGCUGCCACGGCCGCUGCCUCUGGCUCAAAUUAUCCCUACAUGCACUCGGAUCCUAGCAUGCCGCAAACCUCACCGCGAAUGGCCGACGGUUCUAAGAAGGACAAUCGCCAAUCCCCGAGAAUGAACAAUAUGGCUCAGAUGCCUCGAAGGAUGAGCCAAGUUACAAGUCCAGGCAUGGCUAAUGCUCAAGGCAUGAUGAACCACGGCGCAGGGAGACCAGGUGUUGCGCCGCCUCAGAUGCCACCAGGGCAGGCGAUGCCACAUCCUCAGUCACCAGAAAUGCCCACAGGCGGCGCAGAGGAAUCGCCUCUGUACGUCAAUGCGAAACAAUUUCAUCGAAUAUUGAAGCGCAGAGUUGCCCGCCAACGGUUAGAAGAGCAGCUACGACUUACAUCCAAAGGUCGCAAACCGUAUCUCCACGAGUCCCGCCACAACCAUGCUAUGCGCCGGCCACGUGGGCCUGGUGGUCGCUUCUUGACGGCCGAAGAGGUUGCUGCCAUGGAAAAAGAAGCAAAGGGAGAGGACGGAGGCAAGGGAGACGGUGGCGAGAUUGCGGGCGACAAGGCGAGCGAGUCCGUCGGAAGCAAGCGCAAAUCUGAAGCCGAGGCCGGAUCGCCGAAUAAGAAAUCCAAGACAGAGACGCAAAGUUCAGAAGGAGACGGUGGAGAGGAUGACAGCUGA